AAUGGGCUCGGCGCAAGACGCGCGCUCGUCGUCGGCACCAGCGGCUACCCGCUCUUCAUCCUCGCCAACCUCGUCCCGACAUGGUAUACCAUGGUACCAGCUUCACUGUACCUGGGUUUUACUGCGUCCCUCAUUUGGGUUGGACAGGGCACCUAUCUUUCUUCUGCCGCCCUAAGUCAUGCAAGAGAAAAUAGCUUGCCCGAGGGUCAAACCUUAGGAAACUUUAAUGGAGAGUUCUCGGGAGCCUACGCUAGCACUCAGGUCAUUGGGAAUUUGAUCUCGCUUGCUCUUCUCAGAAAUGGAAAGGAUGGGGGAAGUGUGACAGGCAAAUAUCUUCUGUUUGUUGUGUUCCUUGGCUGCAUGAUUAUCGGAAUCGUGUUGAUGUGUUUACUGUCCAAAAGGGAUGAGAAACGCCACAAUGAUUCGACGCACUCCUCAUUUGGAGCUAUGUUGAAGUAUAUCGUUGCCCCUCUCAAGGACCAAAAGAUGAUUCUCUUGAUUCCGCUUAUCGCAUAUUCAGGUUUACAACAGGCAUUUGUAUGGGCUGUAUUCACAAAGAGUAUCGUGAGCCCCGUGCUUGGCAUAUCUGGAGUUGGUGGCGCCAUGGCAAUUUACGGUGCAUCUGAUGCAGUUUGUUCAUUGGUUGCUGGGCGUUUUAUCUCCGGGCUCCAUUCAGCUACAUUAAUAGUCUCAGUUGGAGCCAUUCUUCAGGCCGCGGUCCUGUUCUGGCUACUUCUUUUCUACAGUCCAAUGGAGGGGCUAGUUAGUGCAGCGGUUCCAUUAUUUAUAGGUGCCUUAUGGGGUGUUGGUGACGGAGUCUUGAAUACACAGUUGAACGCAUUACUUGGAUUGCUGUUCAAGGAUGUCAAGGAGGCAGCUUUUGCACAGUUGAUGGUUUGGCAAUCAGGUGCCAUGGCAGUCAUCUUCUUCUUGAGCCCAAGUAUCACACUGCAUGCCAUGCUUAUCUUGAUGGCCACGGCCCUGUUCAUCUCUUUUGGCUCGUUCCUGUUACUUACCCUUGUCGGUGUCGAGAAGCCAUCAACCAUGAGAGUGUGA